UACCUUACCUAAUCCUGUUUAUCUCAUUUUGCUGCACUAAUCCUGUUUAUCUCAUUUUGCUGCAUCAUACUGUAUCAUCAUCAUUUUAAACUCGUAUAAGGGAGACAUUAUAAAACGCGCGUUAUCCUCCGUCUGUCCAACACAUGCCGGACCUCGUAGUGACGUCAUUUUCAGAGACCUCUCUUGUGUUUUGUUUUCCGAGUUAACAUCAUCUGUCAUCGUAACUACACUUUAUUUGAAAGCUGAAUUUUACUAAUGCUAAGUUACAAGUGUUGGGAACAGCCGGCACCGUUUUAACUAGGACUUCUUUAAAUGUAUCGACACCCAAACGUACACUAUGCCAGUCAAGCUGCAAACACGAAUCGAUCCAUGUUGGCCCGUCCCCUGACAGCAGCGACUUCUGCUCAAACCUUUGCCAGGGCGCGGAGACACUGGCAUCGACACCAGCCGAGGACUUCAUGGUGGUGGGGUCAGUUUCCCGAGCAGUCCUGGAGCCCCAGCACCUCCCACACGGACCACGCCACCGCGCCCAGGCCUCCCGACCCCUUGCGCUGGCGUGAGUGGAGACGGCCAGGGCUGUUUCCACACAGUGUUCCCCAGCACAUCUCUCCAGUUCAUCUCUAUUCUGGAGGGAUGGACCGGGCUGAUGAAGAAGGUCUCAGAAAGAGGAAGCGCUCUGAGGAUAGUGGCUCACAUGGAAACUGGCAGCGCAGCCCUAAGCGCUCAGCUCUGGAAGAAAGCCAGGAGCAGAGUCCUGUAUGGCUUCACAUCACAGGGGCAUCUCUUCCCCCUGGGAAAGUCCCACCAAGCUCUGAAAAUCGAGGGACUAAAACAGAAUUAAAGAGGGAGUGGGAGGAGGCCUGUGGGUAUGGACCACGGGAGACUGGGAGCAUUCGUGAACGACACUUUGAUUUCUCUGUGAUGUCCUACAAUAUCCUCUCACAAGAACUACUCCUUAGCAAUGCUUACCUUUACAAACACUGUAACCCCCUCAUACUAAGUUGGGGACACAGGUUCACCAAGAUCAUCAAAGAGCUGGAACAGCACAGUGCAGAUAUAAUGUGUCUUCAGGAGGUGCAAGAGGACCACUAUUUAAAACAGAUCAAACCCAGUCUGGAAUCUCUAGGGUACCACUGCGAGUAUAAGAGGCGGACAGGCAGAAAGCCUGACGGCUGUGCUGUGGUGUUCAAACGCGAGCGCUUCUCACUGCUCUCCCGUCACCCUGUGGAGUAUUUCCGGCGAGGAAUCCCCCUACUGGACCGUGAUAACGUGGGCCUGAUUCUGCUGCUGCAGCCUGUGGAGCCAUCGGCCUGCCAUAUCUGUGUGGCCAACACUCACCUGCUGUACAACCCCAGGCGUGGUGACAUCAAACUGGCCCAGCUAUCCAUGCUGCUAGCCGAGAUUAGCCGCGUGGCGGGGCUGGCCGAUGGCAGCACCUGUCCCGUGGUGCUUUGUGGGGACUUUAACUCACUGCCCUGCUCUCCUCUCUGUAGCUUCAUUAGGGAGAGCCGAUUGGACUACACUGGAUUGUCCAUCGGGAAGGUCUCAGGGCAGGAGGACGGCUCCAGAGGUCAGCGUCUCCUCACUGCCCCCAUCUGGCCCACCUGUCUGGGCAUCUCACAACAGUGCCAGUACGAGAGCCAAGCUACCACCACAGACCAGGCUGUGAAGGAGCUGAACCUGCAAGCAUUGUCUGCUUUAAAUAGUGCUAGUGGGAGUGACAUGAGCACUGGUGUGGGUGCUGGGAAGGAUUUCUCCUCUUUACUGCUUCCUGGUUCAAAGAAGCUUUGCAUUGAACAUGGCCUGAGGCUGACCUCUGCAUACUCCCACUAUCUGAGGGAGAAUAGCCGCCCCGAAAUCACCACGUGCCACGCGCGGACAGCUGUCACUGUCGAUUACAUUUUCUAUUCAGCUCUGUCAGAAUGCAGUACUCCAGAGGAGCGAGGUCUGCAGCUGCUGGCCAGGCUGGCCCUGGUCGGUGAGGCUGAGCUCAGAGAGGUCAACCGCCUGCCCAACCAGCACCACUCCUCUGACCACCUGCCCCUCAUUGCAUGCUUCCGGCUGCCCUCCUGAGCACAACACGCCAGCUACUGUGGGGCCUAAUCGCUGUGCUUUGUAACACCAAUUUAUCACCUGCAGUGAUAGAAGAAGAGGCCACACAGAUUGAGCUCACAUAAAUAUCUACAGGAAGAUAUAAUUAAUUAAUUAAUUAAUUAAUUAAUUAGGGCAUAGUUUCCAUUAGCUGGAGGAUUUGUGGUUUUCACAAACGUGUGGAUUUCUCUCUUCUUGGACACAAAUGCAGAAGUGGAAAAUCCUGAAUCGUUAUGGUGGAACCCGUGGUCCUGUGCUGCAAUUGUACAUAUAACGCACUGUAAAUUGUGAUUAUGAUUUUGGACAAUUUUGCCUUUUAUGUACAUUUGGUUUUAUUUUAAAUCAGUUGUGUCUUGAAAGUUAUUUUUCAAGAAGUCACUUUAUAAGGAUAUUUACAUGUUUUUGUAUCGUUAUCUAUCAUAGUUUUGAGGAAUGAUCAUUUUAAUGCCUAAACUAAAUAGUUUAAUUCUGAAAUUGGUAAUGAUUAAAUUAAGUAUUAACAUUUAACUGCUCUAAACAAUCAAUUAAUUUAGCUCAGCUAAAUGUCCCUGGUCUGGCACCAUUAAAACUGGAUGAGAAAUGCAGAACUGACUUUCCUCAUAGUUUUCAUGCAUGAGUGAAUGUUCUACCUCCCACUGGCAUGCUAAAUAACCCAGAUCAGCUAGUUCAAGGAGAGUACAUUUAUUUGCUUUUGUUCCAUAUUUUGCUUUCUGAUCUUUAAACUUGAAUGAGGAUAAGACUCUAUAAUGACUUGUGAUCUGUGUCCAUCUGUACUUCCAGUCAUUAUAACCAUCAGCCUCAAGACACAAAGAAGACAAGCAUUAAGACUCAUCGCUGUCCUCUCUCUAGGUGGUUGAAUGAAAUUCAAGUCAAGAAAGGCCAAAGUCUCCCCUCUUCACUGAGUCAAUAACCACUUAAAUAUGCACUUUAAAAACUUCCUAUCUUUUUCUCCACUGUCUCCAAGGCUUUAGUCUGAUACUUAACUAUCCUAUCUCUUGUCACAUGAGACUGCAGAGCACUUCUGUGAUUCUGAAUAAUGGCAUCUGCCAAAUGCUGUAAAUGUAAAAUGUUAAUUAGGGUAUAAACAGCUGGUCCAGGAUCAGCGCUCUUUA